UUCUGCUACGUGACUGUCAGAGAGUAGAAAGUAUGAAUUCAUAUUCCAUCAUGGAAAGACCGAUCGUGACUGUGAAGGAAGGAAAACUACAAGGAAUUUUCGAAGAUAAUGUUCUCGGUUCUCGUUACCUCGCUUUUAAAGGCAUACCUUUUGCUGCUCCGCCAGUGAACGAGUUAAGAUUUAAGGAUCCGGAACCUCCGGCUUCUUGGGAAGGUAUCCGAGAUUCUUCCAAAAAUGGUGAUAUUUGCAUACAAUGGCAACAAUUGCCAAUUGAAGCAAUAAUUGGCAGCGAAGAUUGUCUUUAUCUUAAUGUUUAUAUACCAUACAAUAUCUAUCGAACAACACAAAAUCCGGUUAUGGUGUGGAUUCAUGGAGGGGCUUAUCUUAUUGGCAAUGGUAAUGAUAUUGCCACACGACCUGAUUAUCUUAUCACAAAAGAUAUCAUUCUAGUAUCUAUAAAUUACAGACUCGGUGCUUUAGGUUUCUUAAAUAUAGGUCAUGAAGUAGCAAGCGGAAAUCAAGGCUUGAAGGAUCAAGUUGCCGCAUUAAAAUGGAUCAAGGAAAACAUCGAGGCUUUUGGCGGAGAUCCGAACAACAUCACUAUUUUUGGUAUUAGUGCAGGCGGUUCAUCUGUACAUUUACUGAUGCUCUCGCCGUUAUCUAAAGGUCUUUUUCACAAGGCCAUUCUUCAGAGUGGUAUAGCUACGUGUCCUUGGGCGCUAAUAGAGAAUGUAGAAGCCAAUACUUUUAAGCUUGCUUCAAUAUUUGGUAAUAAGUCUAAGGAUCCUAGAGAAGUUAUUGAGUUUCUUCAAACGGUACCUGCCGCCGAAAUUGUCAAUGCGCAAUAUAAAGUUCUCACUCCGCAAGAAGCGCGCAUUUGUAAUAUACCGUUUGGACCUACGAUCGAUGAGAAAUCCAAAAGAUCUUUUCUGCCAUGCCCUCUUUCUCAAUUACUUGAUAAUGAUAAUGAUAUACCAAUUAUAGUUGGUUUUACUUCUCAUGAAUAUAUAAUGUUUUUUAAAGAUACUAGUGAAGAAUUUUUAAAUGCAAAGUACGCAGAUAUAGAGCUUCUGCUAAAAAAGCUUACAAACUCACAAGACUCAGAAAAGAUAACGCGAUUGACGGAGCAAGUUAAACAGCAUUAUUUUCAUAAUAAGUCAUUUACUAAAGAGAGUAUUCCAUCUUUUGUACAAUUCCUGAGUGAUUUGUGGUUUUCUAUUCCUGUUAAAAAUUUUGUAAAUAAUCAAAGAAAAAAGAAGCAGUCACCGAUCUACCACUAUAAUUUUUCCUAUGUCGGAAAUGAAAUGACUAUCACAAAACUUUUGUUAAAUAAUCUGCCUAUGAUUGGAGCCUCUCAUACAGACGAUAUGUCAUAUCUUUUUUACCAACCAAAAUGUAAAGUCGAUGAUCCUAAACCGCCAGCAAUAGGUACAAAAGAUCGGGAAAUAUCAGAAAUUCUUACGAAAAUGUGGGCUAAUUUUGCAAAGACAGGAAAUCCUACACCUGUCAUUGAUGAGGAUAUAAGUACUAUUUGGUUACCAGCAACAGCUGAUAGCUUUAAUUACUUGGAUAUUGGUGACACUCUUCAACUUUUAACAAUUACUGAUAAUGGUAUAUUCGGCGAUUUAGAUAUGUAAAAAUUGCACAAAUAUUAAAUUACAGGCGUUGUCCAUCUCAUCUUUGCAAUACAACUGCAGGGAUAUGUUUGCAAAAAUAAUCAUUUUUGAUUUAAUAGAGUGCACUUAUGCGCGUUCCCAGCAUAAAUAUAUUAUUAUUCUGUACUGAAGAAUAUUAUACCAG